GCCACUGCCAAAUUUCUCUCCAAAUUCUCUAUCCAUUCUUCUUCCUCUGAUCGACCCAUCAAGCCCAAAGGAAAGAAACCCAUCUCAUAUCUCUCUUUACUUCUCUAAUAGAAAACAGAAGAAGAAGAAGAUCGAUUUGUACUUUGUGCAUCGACCAUGGCUUCUUGCGCUAUGUUACAUGGGUUGAUUUACCCAUCGACCACCCUUGUCUUUAAAACCCAUUUUUCAUCUCCCAUUCCUAAAGGCCUCCAUCUUGAUUCACACAAUUGUUGCUUCAGCGGGAAUUUGAAGAAUAGGGUUUCGAAGGUGAGAGCAGCUGUUAUAGACGAAGUGAAAACAGAGGAAAGAUCAGAGCUUGAUAGGAAAUCCGACCAGAAUUGGAAGAAACCGAGAAUUCUGGUGGCUGGCGGCGGAAUUGGUGGGCUGGUAGUUGCUUUAGCGGCAAAAAAGAAGGGGUUUGAUGUGGUUGUGUUCGAGAAGGAUUUAAGUGCCAUUAGAGGAGAGGGUCAGUACAGAGGACCGAUUCAGAUACAGAGUAAUGCAUUGGCAGCUUUGGAAGCCAUUGAUACUAAGGUUGCAGAUGAGGUUAUGGAUGCUGGAUGCAUCACUGGCGACCGAAUUAACGGUCUGGUCGAUGGAAUUUCCGGGAAUUGGUACUGUAAGUUCGACACGUUUACUCCGGCGGUUGAAAAAGGACUUCCGGUGACGAGAGUUAUCAGCAGAAUGACUCUGCAACAAAUUCUAGCGAGUGCUGUUGGGAAGGAUGUCAUUAUAAACGAAAGCAAUGUUGUUGAUUUCAAAGAUGAUGGAAAUAAGGUGACCGUUGUUCUUGAGAGUGGAGAGCAAUACGAAGGGGAUGUCCUAGUUGGUGCAGAUGGAAUAUGGUCAAAGGUGAGGAAAAACCUGUUUGGAUCAACUGACCCGACAUACUCGGGCUACACUUGUUACACUGGCAUCGCAGAUUUUGUUCCUGCUGACAUCGAUACUGUCGGCUAUCGUGUAUUCCUUGGCCACAAACAAUACUUUGUUUCAUCGGAUGUGGGCGCUGGAAAGAUGCAGUGGUAUGCAUUCCACAAUGAGCCAGCAGGCGGUGUCGAUGGUCCUGAGGGUAUGAAGAAAAGGUUGCUGGAGAUAUUUGGCGGUUGGUGUGAAAAUGUGUCUGACUUAUUACUAGCAACAGAAGAGGAAGCAAUUCUUAGACGUGACAUUUAUGAUCGUGCCCCGACUUUUACUUGGGGUAAAGGUCGAGUAACCUUACUUGGGGACUCGGUUCAUGCAAUGCAGCCUAAUUUGGGUCAAGGAGGGUGUAUGGCUAUUGAGGAUGGUUAUCAACUAGCAUUGGAACUUGAAAAAGCCUGGAAUCGUAGUGUCGAAACAAGAGUUCCAAUUGAUGCAGCAGAUUGUUUAAGAAGAUAUGAAAGUGCUAGAAAGAUUCGAGUGAGUGUUAUUCAUGGAUUGGCAAGAAUGGCUGCCAUUAUGGCUUCAACUUAUAAGGCAUACUUGGGUGUAGGACUCGGUCCAUUGUCGUUUUUGACGAAGUUUCGGAUUCCACACCCUGGGAGAGUUGGAGGAAGAUUUUUUAUUGAUCUUGGUAUGCCCCUCAUGUUGAGUUGGGUUCUUGGUGGUAAUGGAUCAAGGCUUGAAGGGAGACCGUUGUCUUGUAGGCUAACAGACAAAGCGAAUGAUCAAUUGAGAGAAUGGUUUGAAGACGACGAUGCUCUUGAGCGUGCCAUCAGCGGGGAGUGGUGUUUAUUUCCUAAUGCAAAUGUGAAUGCUGGUGGUCAAAGUCCUAUUUUCUUGAGUAGAGAUGAGACAAGACCAUUCAUAUUCGGCAGGAGCCAACCGCCCAAGGAUUAUCCAGGAAUAUCUGUUAUAGUACCUUCUCCCCAGGUUUCGGAGACGCAUGCUCGGAUAAGCUGUAAAAAUGGCGCAUUUUUCGUCACAGAUUUAAGGAGCGAAUAUGGUACCUGGAUAGUAGAUAAUGAAGAGAGGCGAUAUCGUCUGCCUUCGAAUUUGCCUACUCGAUUUCACCCUACCGAUAAAAUCGAGUUUGGCUCGGAUAAGAAGGCUGUUUUUCGGGUGAAAGUGGUGAGCGAUCCGAAGGGAUUGGGUCAAGCUCGGCUGGCCACUAGUCAAGCUUGAAGAUCAACAUUUUUUCUCAUUAUAAUGUACAGCAAUUUUAUCAAUUAAAAAACCGUCCCCAUACAUAUUUUCUGUUUUUUUUUUGUUCUUAUUUGGAAAAUAGAUAGUUGCUUUUACUUCUGGGUGUAACAUUUUAUCAUCCGGACCAUAUAAAUGAUUUUGAAUUA